CUUAGAAAAACUUGUGGAAGCAGAAGGUUGUUGACUGGAAAUUGUGGGUUAAUGGGGGACAAGGUUCUUAUGUUAAUUAGGUUGUCAUUGAAUUGGCUUUGAGUUUUCCAGCACUGAAAUACUUUAGAUUUUGAGAUUGGUGGUGGCAUUCAUUGUGCUUCACUCUUUAGUUUUAUUAGUAAUAUUACUCUUUGCCAAUCAAAAGGAAAAAACAAAAAACACAUAGAAGUAUUAAAAUCCAACAUAAAAUGAAGCACUCUCUCCUUGCAGGGAUGGAAAAGAAGAGGCAAAGUAGAGGUCUUAUACAAGUUUCAAUUGUGGUGUGUGUUGAUGUAUUAAAAUCACUUUAACAAGUGUACUAGUAGUUCUAAGUAAUAUAAUGAUAAGUAGAGUAUUGAACCUACGAGAAUUAUGAUUAACUAAGUACCAUAAUAAUUAAUCUAAAUUUAUUUGAAUAAUCAAAAAAGAAGAAACUUUAAUUAAAAAAAAAAAAUAACAAUUAAAAUAAAACUAAUUAAGAUAUGAGAUACUAUGUAAUUUAAUUCCAACAUGAAAUGAAAUGAAAGAUUUGUAAAGUGUCAACUCUCUUGCUCUUGAUUGAUUCAAGCUGGUUAAAAGAAAACUGCUUACAAAUUGACUUAGCCCAAGAUGGAGAAGAAAGAGUAAGACCCCUUGACAGCUAAGUUGCAGGGGAAGAGAGAAUAUAGACGCCAAUCACCUCGAAUGACGACGGCGGAGCCAGGCUCACUUUAUGGAGAAAGGAGACGAGAAAGACAGUUGACCUGGGUUUUAUAUAUAUCUUAAAGAAGCCUUUAAACCCUCACUUUGCAUCCUCCAACUUUUGUGCAAUGUCAUUGACUAGGAGCACUUUUUCCGGUGGCAUGGGCAAUGGAGAGUCCAUUUUCUUCUUGGACACUGGUGGCGGAUCCUAAGGUCUCUGUGCAGCAUUUUUUGUCUCCCGUGAGACUGGGCCUAGGGAUUUAGCCUUCUUCUUGGAAGGCUUUGGUUUGGGCAUAACAAAAGAGAUAUCUGGGGCCGGUGGUGGAAUGGGAGGGAGAGCAACUGACCUAUUAACCUCUGGUUGGGUCGGGCUACAUACUUGGGCUUCAACUAUUGGAGAAGGGUUGACGUCCAUCUCAGCUGUACCAUCAUUUGAAAUUGCUUUGUUUCCCGUCUCAGCCACUGCUUUUUUCUUUAUUUGCUCCGAUCCAUUCGGCUUCCUCAUCCAUCAAUUCCUCAAUUAUAGCAAAAUGAUUUUGUUGCGACUUGCGAGACUUUCGCUCCUUGGCUUUAAUCGAGAGCCGCAGAUUUCGUCAAGUUAUCCGGGAUAGAUUGUGCAAAAACAAAAACUUUGGUUGAUUAUUCUGCAAAGCAAAUGAUUCUACAAUUUAUUAUUGUAAAUUACAUUAAAUAAUUUUUUAAUAUUAAUAUUCAUCUAGUAAUAUUUGUUAUAGAGAUAUAUAUAUUAAGAAAUGUAAAUAAAUAAAUAAUUUUUUU